GGAGGAUUGAAUAAUGAAAGAAAUGGAAAAUAGGAGCUGAGUGUGGAAUAAAAGCCAAAUACAGGGACCAAAGUUGUAAAUUUGUUUUAGAUAACACCCAUUUGAUUAAGGAAGAUGAUGCGACCUAUCUUCUUCUUUGUUUCCGUUACCAGGCGGCUUAUACGCCUUUCCCUUUACACCCUAAAAACCGAUAACACCACCCUUUGGGUUGUUUCAUCAUUGACAUUUACAAUAAAGAGGGAAAAAAGGAGUGAGAACGAGAGAGUUAGACGACUGAGCAGAGAAGUUCGAGACAUUCGUGAACUUGGAGGCGUCUUCGGGAGUGGAAGAAGAGAAGCCAAACGUGUUUGGCUCUGUUCCUGCUGUUGUGCGACCAACAUCCGGUAGCUUAGGAGCUUGGCUUGGUGAGAUGGGGUCACUUUUGGGUAGUUUAGCCUUAGAAUAAAGAUGUCACUUGUACACGUUAUUUAAUUUUGAAACUUAUGCUUCCGCUACAAUUAAAUACUUUUGAUAUUUUGGUUUUGAAUUGAAUGUAACGUUGUGG